CACCGCGUCGACAGCGACAGUUGACAUUCAUUAACAAGCACGAACCUUCACAGUUGCUCCAUUCAUUAUUCUUCAAUCUUCAACCCCCUCACCAAAUCCAACAUCCAUCACAGCCCUUUAAAUUUCCCACAAAUUAAUCCGCUCCUCAGCUUCCAUCUGUUUCUUUCCACUCCACUUCAGAUCCAAUUUUCAAUCGUGUCCCAAAAAUUCACUCGACUCAAGAAUCAAUCGAGAUGGAUUAUUCUUAUGAUAAAGAAGAACAUCACAAAUCCAGCAAGCCCACAAGUGAUAGGACUGGUGAUCACCGUGGUCAUGAAUCCCAUAACCAGCAUCAUUCCACCCCAUCCAGCUCUGAAUUAUUGUCAAGUGCCAAAAUUGUAGCCAACGCAGCCAAGGCCAAAUUCCAAAACGACCCCAAUUACAAGUUUGACAAGGAUGAGGUUGCCGACGCAGCUGAAAACAUUAUGCACGCAGCCUCACAUUACGGGAAGCUAGAUGAAAAGGGCGGUGCCAUGGGGAAAAUUGUGGGACAAGCUGAGAAUUAUCUCCACCAAUAUCACUCCUCUCAGUCCCCCACCACCACAACUACCAAGCCUGGGAAGGAUCAUUCAAGUUCAACCACCACCACCACCACUACUGAGACCUUCCAUACCAAGCCUGGGAAGGAUCAUCAUGGCCAUUCCGGUGGUGGAUAUGGGGAUUAUAUCAAAAUGGCUGAAGGGCUUAUGAAUAAGCAUUCCUCCGGUGGCGGUGGCGGUGAUCAUGAGGGCCAGUCUGGGGGCAAGUAUGGAGAGUAUAUCAAAAUGGCCGAGGGGAUGUUGAAGAAUCACUCAGGAAGUGGUGGUUCGGCUGGGGAAGGGGGUGGACAUGGUCAUGGUCAUGGUCAUAGUUCUGGAAGUGGUGGCUACGGAGAUUAUAUUAAGAUGGCUGGAGAUUUCUUGAAGAAAUAGAUCACUGACCUUCAGCAUUAGGUCCAUCCCA